AUGGAGAGUUUUGCGGGAGCUUGUUGUGUGCGAGGUUUGUGCAAAGUUAAGUUCGUCCCAUAUGUGAAAGGUCUCUGUGCAAGAUUCGUCCGUAUGCACAAGAUUAUACCUCGCCUCUGGCCUAUUGCUGGGAAUGAAAUCCCCAUAAUUUAUCCCAUUUCAAAUAAUGUGGAGCCGCCACCUCGACCGCUUUUGCCAGAUCGGACGCCCAAAUCCCCUAAUUGGUGUACAUACGAUUAUCGGCGCCAACGGCCGUUCAAAGGCGAAGGGAAGGGCAAGAAUGUGUCGCCAUCCACCCACCAUUCGCGAAUCCCUAGCCUUCCUCCCCAAACCCCAGAUUACUAUGGAAAACACAUCGCCCACACAACCCAAAAAUCCACCGCCAUGGACGCCUCCUCCGUCGUAUGCGUCACCCUCUUCGUUGCUCUCCUCUGCGCAUGCAUCCUUAUCGGCCACCUCCUCGAGGGAUGGCACUGGGCCAACGAGGCCAUCGCCUCCCUCCUCUUGGGGUUGUGUGCCGGUAUGGUGACACUGUUGAUUACAAAAUGGAAAAGCUCAAGGAUACUUUCCUUUGACGAGGAGCUGUUCUUCAUUUUUCUGCUGCCUCCUAUUAUCUUCAACGCUGGCUUCCAGGUCAAGAAAAAACAAUUUUUUCGCAACUUCUCAACAAUUCUACUAUUGGGUGUAUUUGGGACACUGGUAUCCUUCUGCAUUAUCUCCGCUGGCUCAUACUUUUUACUCAAGAAAAUUGGUAUUACAUCCUUGAAGAUUCAAGAUUACUUAGCUAUUGGUGCUAUAUUUUCAUCCACUGAUUCUGUAUCCACAUUACAGGUUCUCAACCAAGAAGAAACACCCCUACUUUACAGUAUUGUCUUCGGGGAGGGAGUUGUUAAUGAUGCUACCUCAGUUGUACUUUUUAAUGCAGUCCAGUCACUGGAUCUUAGCAAUGUUAACACUAUGACUGCCUUUGAGCUAUUCGCAAAGUUUCUUUAUUUAUUCUUCACAAGUACUGCACUUGGAAUAUUGGUUGGACUUAUCAGUGCAUAUAGCAUAAAGAAAUUAUACAUCGGAAGGCAUUCCACAAAUAGGGAAGUUGCAAUUAUGUUACUUCUUGCAUAUCUUUCAUACAUGAUUGCAGAGCUCCUUUCUCUCAGUGGAAUACUGACCAUCUUCUUCUGUGGAAUCAUCAUGUCACAUUACACUUGGCAUAAUGUUACCGAAAGGUCAAGAAUAACAACUAGGCAUGCAUUUGCAACAAUGUCAUUCAUUUCAGAGACUUUUAUAUUCCUCUAUGUUGGUAUGGAUGCUUUGGAUAUUGACAAGUGGAAGAUGAGUGAUGCUAGUGUUGGAACAACGAUCACUGCUAGUGGAACUUUGUUUUCUUUGGUUAUGGUUGGAAGAGCUAUAUUUGUCUUUGCUUUGGCAAAUGUUUCAAACUGUUUUACACAUCGAUCUAAUGCUAAAAUUGACCUUACAUCACAGUUUGUAAUAUGGUGGGCUGGCCUAAUGAGAGGUGCUGUAACUAUUGCUUUAUCAUACAACCAGUUCUCAUCAAGUUCAACAUCAAAAGAAUAUGCAUUCAUGAUAACUACUACAAUCAUUAUAGUGCUCUUCAGUACUGUGGUAUUUGGAACGGUCACUAAACCUUUAAUAAAAGCUGCAUUAUCAUACUCAACACAUGGUGAAGACUCUAUUGUUUCCAGCUUAGAAGAUAUGCGUAUCUUAUUUAUGGAAGAUUGCAGUUCGAACAACAAUGAUGUCGCAAACACAAAUGUGAAGAAUAGUAUCGGCAUGUUGAUGAGGUAUCCUACUUCGACUAUUCACUACCUGUGGAGGAAGUUCGAUGAUAGAUACAUGAGACCAGUUUUUGGUGGACGUGGUUUUGCAUCUCCCAGCUCAUUGCUCCCUGCCACGGAUGGCGAUGAUGUUUGACCAGUGUCCCUCAAGUAAACAACUACCAGCAAUAGAAGUAAAUCCAUAGGAUGCAUACAUAAGCUUGUAUAUCUAAAAACAGUAGACCUUGUUGGCUUCAGGAGAAGCAUUCGUACAGUGAUGUGAUCAUUAUAGGGGAAGGAAGAGCAACUGAUUCCUCCUAUACAUUCUCCAAUAUACAUACUUGUAGUUCUGGCUUCUUCACAUGAUAUUGCAUAUUGUCGUUGACGUGUAA